UAUAAUGGGCUUGUAUUGCUGGUAGCACUAAUAGCAAGUCCCACUGUCGGGUGAACGCACGAGGCUUCGGGUAACAUGGUAUCUGAUGUGUGUGUCAGCAGGAAACAUGGGACUGACAGCAGACCUCAACACCUCUGCUUUGCUCCACCCCUCUGUGAACACCUCCUCCCAGUCUCCAAUCAGAGCGUUGUAUCUAUUUAGCUCUGCUGAGCUGGUUCUGAUUGUCAUGGUAACCGUCUCUCUAAGCAUUCUCACCAUCCUGGGCAACACGCUCGUCAUCAUUUCCAUCAAGGUGAACCGCCACCUGCGGACGGUCAACAACUACUUCCUGCUGAGUCUGGCAACAGCCGACUUGUUUAUUGGGCUGCUGCCCAUGAACGUGUAUACAAUGUACCAACUGCGGGGCCACUGGCCCCUGGGGGCCGCGCUCUGUGACACAUGGCUCAUCCUGGACUAUGUGGUGAGCAAUGCCUCUGUGCUGAAUCUGUUGCUCAUCAGUUUGGACCGCUACCUGUGCACAACAUGGCCACUCAGCUACCCAGUGCAACGAACAGGCCGCAUCGCGGGCCUGAUGAUUGGUGCUGCUUGGCUGCUGUCCUUUCUCCUGUGGACCCCCGCCAUCUUGUGCUGGCAGAGUGCCGGCGGCAGGCGGGUCAUCCCUGAGGGACAGUGUUACAUCCACCUGCUGGCGAGCCCGGCCGUCACUCUGGGAAUGACGCUGCUGUCCUUUUACCUGCCGGUACUCGUCAUGAUUGGAUUGUACAGCCGCUUGUCAGCCGCUAGCCGGCGCAGACUGAGUGCCAUCCAGGCUGAGCAGGGAGCGCUCAGGAUGUCCAGUACCCCUGUUAAAGGCUUCUUCCUGAAACAACGUGGCUGGGUGGUCAGCAAUAUGGGCUCAGAUUUGUCUCUGAACCAGCGAGGAACAUCUGGAAGUCCUGUGGACAACGUAGAGAUGACGGGCAGUUGCCAACAUCUGCAGCAUCUCUCACGCACCUCCUCGUUUGCAGCCAGAGACGAAGACUCAUCUUACACCACUGACUUCCACAGCUCGGCCUCGGCAGUGCUAUCCUCCUGUCCCAGCUCCGGGUCCCAAGAGAGAAGGAGGCACCGAGUGAUGGCGAGAGAGAGGAGGCUGACCAACACCAUCCUUGCUGUCUUGUUGGCCUUUAUCCUCACCUGGACCCCCUACAAUGUCAUGGCAGUCAUCGCUGCCUUUAGUCACAUCCGUAUCCCCAGCGCUCUGUGGACUAUGGGCUACUGGCUGUGUUACAUCAACAGCACCAUCAACCCCUGCUGCUACUCCCUGUGCAACGUCACAUUCAGGAAGACCUUCUGCUGCCUGCUGAGCUGCGGCACCAGGAAGCUGCAUUAACACUGAAGCAGGUUAACCGGUUGUCAUCCUGUUAGGUUUUCCUCUGGAAACUGUUGAUCAAGACCACUUCAGUCACUAAUAGUACUGUUUGAAAACAGUAAUAUUUUGAGCACCAGGAAUCUGUUCAGAGUGUGUAAUCUGUUCACAAUUAGGAAUCUUUUCAGAUUCUGGAAUAUGUGCAGAAAUCCUUUCAGAGUCAGUAAUUGGUUCAAAAUCAGAAUUUAAGAACAAUUUAAGAAUCUGGAAUCAGUUCAGGAUUCAAAAUCAGGAAUCUGUCAAUAGUCUGCAAUCUUUUCACAGUCAGGAAUCUGUUCACAAUCAGUUCAGGAUUAGGAAUCUGUCAAGCAUAGUAUUCCAAAAUGUGUCAGUUUGGUAUCAGGGAUCUGUCAGGAAUCAUGAAUUUGUCAAGAAUUUGGGAAAUGUUCAGAAUCAGAAAUCUAUCCAGAUUUAUUAAGAAGGGCACCAGAAUCUUUUCAUAAUGAGAAAAUCUCUCAGUAUUAUAUGGAGUAAGGAAUUGGUUCAAAAAUCUAAAUUAGCAAUCCUGUCAGAAUCAGUAAUCUGUUCAGAAUAUAGUAUCUAUUUCAAGUCCCUGACCUUACCAGAAUUGUUAAUCUGUGCUAAAACUAAGCCAGGAAUCGGUUUAAAAGUUUAGCAACAGAACUCUGUCAAGAACUGGGAAUUUUUUCAGAUUGAUCCUGUUCAGAAUCAGAAUUUUUGUCAGAUUUAGGAGUCUGUUCACAAAUUUCUUUGGAAUAAGGAAUCCGUUCACAAUCAGUAAUCCAUCAAUAAUUUGGUGUUCUUUCAUAAUCAGGACUCUGUUAAGAAUUGGAAAUCUGGCAGGAAAAUCUAGUCAAGAACUGGUUAAAAAUUAUUCAUUUGUUCAGAAUCAGGAAUUUGUCAACAGUGAAAUUGUUCUGAAUGAAUCUGUUCACAAUCAGAAUUCUCUUCAGACUUCAGAAUAUGUGCAGGAAUUUCUUCAGAAUCUAGAAUCUGUUUAGAAUAUAGAAUCAAUUUAAAAUCAGGACUCUAAAAAGAUUUCUCAAAUUUUCCUGAAUUUGAACAUAUUCCGGAUUCUAAAGAGUUUCGAGAUUCCUAAAGAUUCUUGAAUGUGUGAAGAAAACAUCAGUCAGUAAUUGGUUCAAAAUUAGUUUAGAAUCAGGAAUCUGUCAAGAAUAGAAAAUGUGGUCUGAAGUAAACUGUUCAGAGUAAGAAGACUUGCGAAUCUAUGUAGAAAUUUCCUUAGAAUUAGGAAUCUGUUCAGAAUCAAGAAUCUGUCACCUCUUGGGAGUUUGUUUUGACUGAAUCUGUUCGGAAUCAAAAAUAUUUUCCAAAUCUGCAAUCUGUCCAGAAAUUUCUCUAGAAUGAAGAAUCUGUUUAAAAUCGGGUCUCUGUUCAGUGUCAAGAAUCUGUUCAGAUCUGGAACUGAACUAUCCGGCUGUAAAAGGCUGGAUCAGAUCUGAUUAGCCUGUUAGUCUUUGAGCCUGAACCUGAUGGGUAAACUGUGUUGCUAUAACAAAACACACAAAGAUUUUCACCAAAACAAUGUACAGCAUUUAUUUGUUCAUUUGUACAAGUCUCAUCAAUAAUCUGUAAUUCCAAAAAUAAACUUUCCCUCAUUUCGGAUGCUGAAACAUCAUACUGUGGCUAAUCUGGAGGAUCAUCUUUUUCCUCUAAAGGCUUUUAGGACUACGGGUCUGGGAACGUUACACUAUUAGCUACUGAAAAAAGGUUAUUCUGAUCAACUAAAGCUUAAAUCCAAGGAAAAACAGGAAAACAUCAAAUAAGGAAUCAGCGAGUAAGACGGGAGGUCAAUUUGAGGACAGGAAGUUUGUUUUGGAGUCUCUGGUUUUAUGUUUGAAGAAGGGAAGACGAUUGUUGAGCUGGUGGAGGAGGAGAAAUCCUGUCGUCUUCUGGUUCACUCUUCAUUCUUCAGUUUGAUUUCUUCUCGCC